AUGACGAGCCUGGGCUACGAAAUCCCUUUUUGGGCGGAUCUUGAUGUCUGUGAACGUGCAGUUGCCAACGAAAAGCCGAGUCCUUUAAGAGUUACGAGGUACAAUGAGAACCUUCAACAAGACAUACGAUAUGCAGAGAAUCGAUACAAUCACAAUAGCAUGAAGUACAGCCAAAGCUUCCAAGGAGAUGGGUCGCUCACAAUUCCCAAGAGACGAAAGGUUGAAGCGCAAACGAUAGCCGCAGGGAAAGAGAAUGUGAGGACGCCUCAAUACAACCAGACAUUGAGCACUCCAAGCAGUCGAAAUACACAUACACCCGGGUAUUGGGCGCAUAGCGAAAGCCCGCCUCGACUUUUGGGAGUCACGCGUUCGCCUCAGCUAUCAGUCAAGAAGAAAAGACAAGCGCACACACAUGCAAGGAUCCAGCCUGAACAGAAUCGUUCGCUAUCUCCCUUCUCAAUCAAUACUUUGCCGGCGGCAUACGAGAUGCGACGUCCUGGAAAGGCUCGUCCUCCGUUGAACAACCUAUACGACCGAGAUUAUAUGCACAAAGAAGAAUCAUUGCUUGUCUCUAAUGCAACAGGCUGGAUUGGGUAUCCCUUAUCCCCUGACAACAAUCAGCAACUACCGCCGAUCAAUAGUCUCACCACUCUACCACGUCAGAAGACAGUUCCGUGCGUGGCACCAAAUAUCAACAUCACACCGGAAGUAACUGCUAUCGAGGCGGGGUGUAAUAUCUUUUGGGUAGCUAUUGAACUAUCCGCUACUCCUUGGUACGCACCAGAAAGGAAAAGCCAGCCAGGGGCCCGUUGGGAGCGAUCUGACCUAUUCAUGGAUCUGGCUGGUUUAACUCAGGAAAACCUCGAUCGUGGGUGA